CGUCGCCUAGUAAAUUCUCGGUUCGGUCUUGUUCUUUCGGAACUCUGUGGAUUUUAGAAAGCGUCUUGUUAAUUCCGCGUAAACUAAAAGAUGGCGGCUGCCAUCGUUUCUUCGCCGAGGACACCUAAACGAGUGUAUAGCUUGACUGAUAUAUGCUGUCUUUGUGGGUUUUCGUUUGUUGUAAAGGAGAUAGAUAGAGAGGGCAAUGUUCAGGUGAAGAAAUUAUUCUGAUUGAAAAAGGUGACAGAGGAAAAGCGAAAUAUUAUUCAAGAAGUGAUGUCCAUACAUUCUAGUGCAGAAGGUGUAUGCGUGAAAUGCUUUAGCAAAGUCGAAAAAAUAUUUAAAUACAGAAGAGAAAUUGCAGUCAUGGUGUCGCAAUUUGAAGAAAGUAUGAGGAAAUUUAAACUGAAGGCAACACCGGAAUCAUCAACCAGGAAAAAACGAGCUCUGCGAUCACCAGAGGUGUCUGCCCCAGAACUAAAGAACACCUGCAGGUCAGAUGUUACUAAACAUGGUACCACUCAACCACUUCACAUGGGUCACAAGGAUACAGAAUUCAAACAAGCAAAGAAGUCACUUAAGUUUGUUGCUGAAGAUGUUCAUGCAGUUAAACAUCCCACAGAAGGAUUUAAACAGAAUUUCUCAAUUUCUUCAAUCAGUGCAGAAAUCCAACAUCCAAGACUGGCAGACGUAACUCUUCUUGAAGCAAAGAAGUCUGUUUUGGCCAAAACCACGUACAGAGAUAUUUUGCCAGAUCCAAAAGGCCCUGACAACAUAGAAAACAAAAAAACAGCAAAGAAGUCUCUAUUUUUUGUUGACCCAACAGAUCACUCAAGAGAAGAUUCCAAGAUAAAGAACACAUACGGCGUAAACAACCGUCUCAGCAGCAGUCCGUUUUAG